GGUAUUAAAGCAGACAUGAUACAAAGGAUAAGGGAACACUCUACCAAGCCAGCAUCAAAACUAGGAGCUCCAGUUUGGUCAAAUGAUAUGGAUGAUGAACCUUAUAGUGUUACUGAUAAUGAUGAGAAUGUUAAUAACGAUAAAAGGGAUAACCAAGUAAUCGACUUGAAAAAUGGUGAUAGGGAUACUUCGAUUCGUACUCUAAGGGAACGAGCCCUGAGAACUAGAUGUAAUAACCUGGUGGAGCCUUCGACCAGUAAUCAGGACGCAGAUGAACCAGAUCAAAUACAAGAAACAAGCAGCCCUACUAACACACUUCCAAAAAGAACAAGCAAAUGA